CGAGUUUGAUUUAAUUUUCUCCGCUGGAGGCGCGGCUUGGAUAGACUCGCGUGCGCCUUGUGUCGGCGAGAUCAACUCGCCCAUCUCCUUAGCCGUUUCUCCAUGGCCAACUUGGGCGGGCGCGCCCACCACAAUGUCAAGAUGGCCCUGACGGCGGAGGACCCUCGAGUCGAGGUGAACGGCCAUGCUCUCCAGCAGCCGCCGCAGGUCUUUGUCACCUCGCCAUCCCCAAGCGAGACGCCGCCGCUCGCCGAUUCGGGUCAUCUACCCCCCGCGAACCUCGAUGGCACACACCCUGACAACUCUAAAUCCGUCUCCCUCCCCAAGACGCCCACGAAAGCGACUACAAAGGCCCCACGAUCCGACGAAUUUCACUACUCCCCGGGUGCCGUCACCCCGUCUUCCGCCAAGGAUGCUGCCGACGAAGACAGCCGGCCGAAGGGCGCCCAGAACGGCCAGGUCGAGGUCCCGUCCAGACCGUCGCUCCCCGUCACCCCAGCACGUAGCAGCUCGACCAUAGAUCCCUUGUCACAGCACAUCGUCCUCCGAACCAACACGGAUCGCACAAUCUCCUCGAGGCUACGGAGCCAAACCCUGCGACCCGAUAAUUCAUCUGCGUCCGAAGGUCUUGGAUCGAGCGGCGACGGCCAGCUUAGGCCCCCAAACUCCGAUGCCCCAGAGAAGAAGAAGACCCGUGUCUCCUUUCUCAGUCGGCUCAGCAUGCGCGGAAGCAAGAAGAAGGGCGACCGCGACGGCGACGACAACGGCUCGGAGCCUAGCGACCAGCGACCCGACGGUAACAAUGCCCGAGUAUUUUCGACCGUCGGUGCCGGCGGCUUCAUACCGCAUCAUAAGGAGCCUCCUCGCUACAUCCGCACGAAGGCUCACAACAAGAAAAACCGAGAGUUCAACCGCAUGUUUUUGGCACAGGAGCUGAUCGGCACAAGACCGCCCAAGGAUAGCGGCGGACCGAACCCGGCCACGGUGGACGCGGCUAAGACACCCCUCGUCACAGUCUCGUCGGCCGACGGUAUGGGCAGGACGGUGGCGAAAACGGGCGGGGCCAUCUGGGCGACCGAGUUCAGCCGAGACGGCAGGUUCCUGGCAGCAGCAGGCCGGGACAUGGUGGUGCGGGUAUGGGCGGUGAUCUCGACGCACGAGGAGCGGCGCAUGCACGAGGAAGACGAGGAGGCGACUCGCGGCGCCGCUGGCGGGGAGAGGCUUAGCGCGCCCGUGUUUCGGGAGAAGCCUGUGCGCGAGUUCGAGGGCCACACGGGCGAGAUCCUGGACCUGAGCUGGAGCAAGAACAACUUCCUGCUGUCGACGUCGAUGGACCGAACAGUGCGCCUGUGGCACGUCAGCCGCCGCGAAUGCCUGUGCAGCUUCCGCCACAGCGAAUUCGUCAGCAAGGUCGCCUUCCACCCGCUCGACGACCGCUUCUUCCUCGCCGGCUGCCUCGAUGCCACCCUGAGGUUAUGGAGCAUCCCCGACAAGGCGGUGGCGUUUUCGGCCGAGACGGCGGACCUCAUCACCGCCGUGGCCUUCUCGCCCGACGGCUCGGUGGCCAUGGCGGGAAUGCUCAGCGGCAUCUGCAACUUCUACGAGACCCAAGGUCUCAAGCUGCAGUCGCAGCUGCACGUACGCUCGUCGCGCGGCAAGAACGCCAAGGGCAGCAAGAUCACGGGCAUCCAGACGGCGGAGCUCUCCGGGAGCAGCACGGGCGACAAGGUCAAGGUGCUGAUAACGUCAACUGAUGCGCGUGUGCGCAUCUACAAUCUGCGCGACAAGACGCUGGACGCCAAGUUCAAGGGACACGACCACGCUGUUGGGCAGCUUUGCGCGAGCUUCAGCGACGACGGCAGCUAUGUAAUCUGCCCCAGCGAAGAUCGCAAGACUUUUAUAUGGAGCCUCGGCCGGCCGCCUCCUGGUGCUGCUGGGGCCGAGGACGGCGCGAGUGGGGGUCAAAACGGUUCGCAGACGGGUGGAGGAGGGGUGGACAACCUGAAGGGUGAUAAAGGGCCAUGCGAGUGCUUCUCGGCACAUGCCGCCGUCGUCACGACGGCCAUAUUCGCGCCGACACGGACGCGGCAGCUGCUGGGGAAUAGCGGCGAUCCGGUUUAUGAUUUGUGCAACCCGCCGCCAGUGACGUUGGUGUCGAUGGGUGAGGCAGAGGAGGCAGCCGCCGCCGCGCGCUCUCCGCCGCCGUCUGUUGUGUCUCACGAAGCCGCCGCUCACAACCACAGCCAAACGGCCCUGUCCGAGGCGGGGCAGACAAUGGGCAGCAUGGCCAAAGCGAGGAAGGCGGAACAGUCGCCAGCGUACCUUGCGCGAUCAACACAUUACGACGGCAAUAUUAUCGUCACGUCAGACGAUGCAGGCAUUAUCAAGGUGUUCCGGCAGGACUGCGCCUUCAGGCGGCGCACUGACGGCUUUGAUACAGCCUCGGUCCUGAGCCGCCGGACUGGCAGCCUCGUUGGCCGUAGCGCGAGUAUUCUGACGCGGACUAGUGCUUCCAGCGGCGGCCCACGCUCGCGGCACGGCUCCAUGUCCACUCCCAUUGCGCCAGGAAGCGGCUUUGUUGCUAGCUCGGAUCAUAUCCUUUCGUGGCGAAGUGGGGUCGAGUCUGACGACAGAGCGGGUAGCGUCAGCAGUGUGGCCGGGUCGCCGGCGCUUAGCGACAGGGCUCCGAGAAGCGAACGCAGCAUCAGCCCAUCUAAGAGCAAUAGCGGGAGCCCCAACGCGAACCUUGCGAGCGAGCGGAGGCGGGAGCUCUACAUCCACAGCUCGCCUCUGGUGCCCAAGGACAGAAAGAAGGAUCUCGUUCUGAACAGCCCGGCGUCUAGCACGUUCAGCGGCGCUCGCGUCCCCGGCGGCCCCCCUGCUAUAUUUCUCAGAGACAAGCAGCGCGAUGGCCAUGACCAGAAGCCAGACGAAGCGGACACGAAUCAAACCCCAACGGAACCGCCAACCCCUGCAUUCUCGUUUGUUAUCGGAGACGACAGCAAUGACGCAGACCGCGCCGCUCCGAUGGCGAAACAUGAACAGCAGAGUAGCAACGCUGCAAAUGAGGCUGGUGAGGAGCAGACCCCUGUCACCGAGGCAGGUCCUCCUACCAAGGGUACGAAAGAACAGGCUGAAGGCGGUACUGGUCUGAUGUCAGCAACUGGGUUGUGGAGCAUCAAGUGGCCUCGUAUGCCCAAUCUGCGCAUGUCUAUUGGCAACAUUCCCGGGAUGGGAGGCGGUGGCUCAGGCAAGGACGGCGGCAGUCCUGGUCCAGGCGGCCAUGGUCGGGAUAGCAGCGACAUGACGGCAAAAGGGGACACGGAGGGCGAUGUCAAGCACAAGGACCAGGACAGGGACGCAAACGGAACCUCGGACAAGAAGUCUCGCACUCCGCUCUCGAACACGCCAGGGGACAGGCAAGGCAUUCUUGGAGGCGGGAGAUUGCGGCAAAAAUCGUCACCUGCUGUGACGCCUCCCCUAAAGUCUGUUGAGUUUGCUCUUGGCGACAGCGCCGACAGCGCCGCAGGCGCCAGGGAGGUUCUGGCGUCGGCGCCCACGGAUCGGGCGUGCGGGACGGCGCCAAAGUCGGGCCCGGCAGAGGCGUCCACGGGAGACGUCGGCAGCACGGAUGGCCGGCCGCAGCAGCAGCAGCAGCACCAGCAGCAGCACCAGCAGCAGCACCAGCGGCGACACAGCCUCCUCCCCUCGAUCCCCAGCGCGUCGCGGCUGUCCAUGGUCAGCCGCAUGAGCUCGGACGUGGCGUCAAUUGGCUCCGACGACGACAUGGCGUGCCGGCGCUGCGGCGGGCGCGAGUUCAAGGCCAAGCGCUCGGGCGUGGCGCGCCAGCAGCGGUUCGUGUGCGCAAAGUGCGGCUCGCCGGCCCCGGCCCAGGACGGCGCCGCGCCGGUGGCGUCGCCGGCCGCCAGGAAGCGCUAGGACGCGCCGCUGGGCCGGUGGUGGGGGCGGCUCCGAGGGGCGUUGCGGCGGGGGACCUGCCCGUGCUGUGGACGAGCAAAUAUCAAGAGGGGCGGUAGCGCCCAAGCGCGAUAAUCCAGGCGAGCACACGGGUUGAUGUACAUAUACCUUUUUUUUUUCAUUAUUUUAAUCUUCUUUUCUUUGUUUCCGGAACCGGAAAGCACGGCGCGACUGUCGCAUACAGGGCACUCUUGGCUGGGGCCGUCACGGGUCAUCGGGAAUUCGUUUUCGAUAUACUUUGUAGUUAUGCCAUUACGUAUCAUAACCUUCCUGGCAACGAUUCUAUGAAUCCAGGUCUACCC